UUUUUAUUCUUUUUUUAUUCUUUAUUCUUUUCCAUUUGUAGUUUAAUAACCAUACGAGUUGUUGGAAAUUUGAUCAAAUUGUUUCAUCUUUAAUUGAAUUGAUUUUUGUUUCAUUCUAUUCUCACCUUAAGUAAAUUAUGUCUUCACCUGAAGAAACUAGUAACCUUAAAGCUGGACAUCCUCCUGCAGUUAAAGUUGGUGGGAUGAGAAUCACUCAACAUAAACCGGAAAAACCUAAAGAGGAAAAGGAAACUCGACCAGUUGAUGAAGAGGCCGAAGAAGAAACUGGAAUCCCGAUAUCUGAAAGUCCACCAAAGACCCAGAAUAUUGUUAUUUCGGGUGCAGUUGCACGAGGUGACGCUGAUUUCCCUCCCGAAGCAAUCAAGGCAUUCCAUGAGAAGCCAACGGCCGCUCACGAUUAUCGUCCAUCCCACCCAAAGAACCACACCAUCCAACAACCAAGGAAAUAGAUUAGUGGGCAAUCAACCACACCUCAACCCGCAUAAAUGUGAUGAACCUCAAUGACCACAACUAAUCAACUGCCCAGUGAAAAAAUUAUAAUUGUGUUCAUAGAAAAGCAAAUGCGAUAAAAUUUAAAAGCAUCAAAACAAAAUCAACAAAAAAAAAGUUAAAGGGCAGAUAUUUUGGGAACAAUUAAGAUAUUUUUUGGCGUUCGAAUUGAACAAUUUAAUUAACUAAUCCAUAAUUAACAAAAGGGCAAAAAUGAGAAUCAAUCAAGUACAUUGGUUACUUGAUUACUUAUAUACUCCAUGUAUUACAAAGCUAAUUGUUGUACAAUCCUGAUGAUAAUCAAUGAUUUGUGGUUAAACUUUGUUUUGAUUUUCAGACAAGACAAUCAGUUAAUUGUCUACAAUUAGAUUGUAAAACAAAUGAUUGUUUUCUUGAUGAUCUGAUGACCUCUCUCUCUCUCUCUUCAGGUCAUCAGUCCUUUAUUUUCAUCUCAUUCAUAAAUUAAAUUGGUUAAAUGUUUA